CGCAGUAGCCUUUUGGUUGCUCAGCAAAUUUAAUUGUAAAAAUUCGAACAUUCAAAAACCUAAAACACAAAAAAUGAAAACACCAUUUUGAUCACUUGAUAAAGAAAAUCUUGGAGAGGUACAUAUACGAACAGAACUGAGAUCGGCCUGUACCAAAAUUUUCAAAUAUAUAUAGCCAAGGAGAACCCUGUUUGGUAAACCCCAUUUAGACACUGAGAACCAAGGCAAUUCGAGUUGUGCACUGCGUUUAUUGUCAGAUCGAGCAUAUAACAGCCUAGAUAAGCAAUUCAUAAAAACCUCCAUCCGGAAGUCAAAUGUAAAGUCGGAAAACUGUUCAAGCGUUCUGCAGUGCAGCUGACCAUGUUCCAGGACACCGAGACCGCAUCGACCAGCGGAUUCGCGCGGGAGGUGGGCGGUGCGCACUCGACGCCCGACGCUCCAUUACCCAUGCACGGGGCCUCGCCCCCCAACGUUAGCCGCCCGCUGGACCGCCGCCUUAACCCCAACGCACCUGUGUUUGUGCCAGAUUUCAAGGCCAGCCAGGUGGCCAAAAAGCUGUUCGAUGACCUUUCAGUAUCGCCCUACACCCGCUGGAGCACGGCUUCCUCGGAGGACAUCUCCUACGGACCCCGCUACGAGUCCAUCUGGCGUGAGGCCAGCCUCCAGCAGCAGCAGCGCCUGCCCAGUCCGGGCUUCAAUUACUGUCUGGAUCCCCAUGAGGAUGAGGUCGGAGAACUGGAGUUCGACGAGGUUCAGGCUAUGAACAUCGGAGCAGAGUCCUACGAUCCCAAGGACCGUAGCACAGCAAUAAGCCAGGCCAUGAAUACCGCCGAGGUUGUGGGGGAUGUACAGUCGCCACUGGAGGAGUCCCAGGAUGAGGUGAAAAGCAGUCGCUUUCAGAACCGCCACUCCUUCAGACCGGCCAGAAGAUGCUGUCUGCUCAUGUAGAACCCAAGGCCUGGGGAAUUUCGAUCACAUUCAAUUUAUAAAUACAGCUGUAAGCAGAAUAAUUAAAAUGUUCCAUUUCUCUCUUACAAAUAA